GCUCCAUAUAUAGCGGCACGGCGCAGCCAACCAGCCCCAGCACUCCUCGCCGCCGCCGCGCCGGGCAGCAGCAGCAGCAGGAGGAGCAGCAGGAGCAGCAGUAGCAGCCGCCGCCAGCAGCCGCCGCUCGUGGUCGCGCAGUUCGUGCCGCCGCCGCGCCAUGGCUGAUCAGCUGACUGAAGAACAGAUUGCUGAGUUCAAGGAAGCCUUUUCCCUAUUUGACAAGGAUGGUGAUGGUACUAUCACAACAAAAGAACUGGGAACUGUCAUGAGGUCGUUGGGUCAAAAUCCAACAGAAGCAGAAUUGCAGGAUAUGAUCAACGAGGUAGAUGCUGAUGGCAAUGGCACUAUCGACUUUCCUGAAUUCUUAACCAUGAUGGCCAGAAAAAUGAAGGACACAGACAGCGAGGAAGAAAUCCGUGAGGCAUUCCGAGUCUUUGACAAGGAUGGCAAUGGUUAUAUCAGUGCGGCAGAGCUACGUCAUGUUAUGACAAACUUAGGAGAAAAGCUAACAGAUGAAGAAGUAGACGAAAUGAUCAGAGAAGCAGACAUUGAUGGGGAUGGGCAAGUCAACUAUGAAGAAUUCGUACAGAUGAUGACUGCAAAGUGAAGAGACCUCCUUUACACCUUUUUUCCUCUAGAAGAAUCAAAUUGAAUCUUUUACUUACCUCUUGCAAAAAAAAAUGUUCAUUUAUUCAUUCUGUUUCUGUAUAGCAAAACUGAAUGUCAAAAUACCUUCUGUCCACAAACUGCAUGUAAUGGUUGGUGGUCCUGUCCCCAAAAGAUCAAGUUAAACAUCAGUUUUACAAUAUAAAUAAUUGUACUACCUUGAAAAUAAAAAAAAGGAAGCACUUAGUGAACUCAAAAGUUCCAUUUGCUAAUGACUAUUACACUGUUUGGGCUGGCCAGUUUUUCAUGCAUGCAGCUUGACAAUUGAGCACAGUCAGACAUUUGUAUAAAAAGGAAAAAAACAACCUAAAAGAUCCACUCUUUUGUUCAACGGUGGAUUCUAGAUCAAUUUGUAGUAUAAAUUGUCAUAGCUGGUUUACUUUAAAAUUGGUUUAUACCUCAGGAUGGUAUGCAGCAAAAAUGGUUGAAGGAUGCAAAACUUAGAGAUAAUGCCCUAAAGGUUGAAUGGUUCUCCUGUACGUAGCAGCGUGCUCCAAAAAAUAUGAUGAUCUUAACUAUGGAUGGCAUGUCUGUGUUAAAAUAUUGGUUUAACAUUGUCUGCAUUGCACUAUAGUGAAACGGGUGUCGGGCUGUUACCGUUCACAAAAUUUUUAAAAGAAACCUUCACCAAGGGAGCAUCUUUGGACUCUCAUAUUUUUAAAACCUUCUGUACCAUGACUUGGAGCUGGCGGAGUAGCCUGUGGACUUCAGCACAACUAUCAACAUUGCUGUUCAAGACAUUACAAUUUAUGUCCAUUCCAAGUUGUAAAUGCUAGUCUUUUUUCCAAUAAAAGACCAUUAACUUAAAGGUGGUGUUAAAUGCUUUGUAAAGCUAAAAUAUAUAUAUAAUUGAGAUAAUAAACCAAAAAAGCAGUAGGAGGGAAGCGUUUCUAUGAAUGACUUGCUGCUAAAUUAUAAUGCAUAUGUAUGCAAUAAGUUAUCCCCUAUCUUUUCGAGAUGGCAAGAACUGACCUCCUGUAACCCAAGACCUUUGCUAUAAAUAAAUGAACUUGUGCUUGCCUUUCA